CACAACUGAAGGGGAAGAGGGAGGGACGGAGGAGAGGAGAGGAGGAGAGCAAACGAACAGAGACAGGGAGAGAAAGAGAGAGAGAGUACAGAGGGAUAUAUUGACUCUGAAGCUGCUCUGCAUGCAGUGUGUGAGAGACAGAGGACGUGAGAGCAGGCAAGAUGGAGUGCUGGCACAGAUGAAAACUGUCCCUGGUUCUGAGCCUCUUGUUCCUCCCCUCUGCUAUGAUCCCUGCUGUUAUUCUCUUUGUCUUUCCUCAUUCAUUUCUUUCUUUCUCCGUCUCACCCCUUCAUUGUCAUCCCACAGUCCCGUUUGACAGUCCACAUGAGCGUCUCCAAACCCCCACCGCCGCCGUCCACCUCACACCUGGCCAUCCCCCCUUCCUCCACCUCCACCUCCACCCCUUCCUCAUCUGCCUCCUCCCCCUUGGCGACGCCCCACUCCACCGCUCUGCCCCCUCCCUCGCCGGUCAAGAUCUCUAUGCAGGAGCACUUUGCCAUCAAUGUUUGCCCAGGCCCCAUCCUCCCCAUUCCACAGAUCUCAGACUUUUUCCCACGUUUCCACGACUACCCCUGCACGCCACCGCCUCCGAGGGAGAAGAAGAUAUUAAAAGAGGAGACUUUCAAUGGGGAGACGGGUGGAGGAUACAAGGAUGGGGAGAGGAGGGAGAGCAACGACAGAGACAGGGAGGAGGUGCUCGACUCUGAUGAUGAUGACACCUACCUGGGAACGUUGGAGUUCAGUCUGCUCUUUGAUCAGGAAAACAACUGUCUUCAUUGUACUAUUCACAAGGCAAAGGGACUAAAAGCCAUGGACUCCAAUGGGCUGGCUGAUCCAUACGUCAAGCUUCAUCUUCUCCCCGGGGCUAGCAAGGCAAACAAGCUACGCACAAAAACCCUGAAGAAUACGCUGAACCCAGUGUGGAACGAAACGCUGAUGUAUCAUGGCAUCACAGCAGCUGACAUGACCACCAAGACGCUCAGGCUGUGUGUAUGUGACAUGGACAGACUCGGACGAAAUGAAUUCAUUGGAGAGGUGCGAGUGGCUCUGAAGAAACUAAGAGAGGGCGAGAGCAAACGCUACAAUAUGGGCCUGGAGAGAAUUGCACAGAAUAAAGAAACUAACAAUCAAAUGGUGGAGCAGGGAGCGCUCGUGGGAGAGGAGGAGCGUGGCCGCAUCCUGGUGUCACUGUGCUAUAACACAGAGAAGGGCUGCCUGCUGGUUGGGAUCAUACGCUGUGCCCAUCUGGCUGCCAUGGACUCCAACGGCUACUCUGACCCCUUUGUCAAAAUCAUCUUGCAGCCAGAUAUGGGGAAAAAGUCCAAGUACAAGACUUCAGUGAAGAAAAAGACUCUCAAUCCUGAAUUCAAUGAGGAGUUUUCAUAUGAAGUAUCCCUGGACCAGCUGGCAAAGAAAACCCUGGAGAUCUCUGUGUGGGACUACGAUUUGGGAAUGAGCAACGACUUCAUAGGUGGAGUGGAGCUGGGCAUCAAUGCAAGCGGACAGAGACUCAAACACUGGUUCGAGUGUCUCAAAAACAAAGGGAAGAAAGUGGAGCACUGGCAUACGCUCACACAGCAAGGAGCCCCGAGCAGUGACAAACCGGACUAGAUUACCCAAGACAUUCAUGUAUACAAACACACACUCUAACACACACACAUUUGUCUCACUGAAAGAUGGUUGAUAACAGAUACCAAAAGUAAAGUAAAGCAGUAAUAAGAGCAAAGGAUAAAACAUGCAAUAAUAAUAAUGUUGAAAAUGGAAUCCGUCAUAUAAUGCCAAUAAUUACAGCACCAACUAUUAGUAUAUGAUAUUCAUACUAAUAUUAGUUAUGGUAAUAAUGUGUAAUCUGAAUACAUUUUUUUAAAUGUAUUUUUUUCUAAAGGUGAACCAAAUUGUGACGAUGUCCUCAUUAAAGUGUUGACGUAACAAAACAAUACUCACAAAAUUGUGCUUUAGACCUUACUGUAUUGUGGAAGUUGCUUAUAUUCUGUCAUUCAAAUUUACACCUAAUGAAGAGAUUUGAGACUAAUGUAGCCUACACAAAAUUCAUUCAGUGAAAGGGGCCAAAAGUAUGUGCACCCCAGUGACUCAUAAUGUGGUAUAUAGUUACAGGAGAGAGGAUGUUAUAAAAAGGGUGAUUCUGUUCUGAGAAGUCUCUGUUUUAGUGGUUGUUGAACUGAUGCAAAACAACACACCAUAUUAUAAAGCACAAAAUUAUCAAUUUGGUGGAUUUGUACCUUUACAGUUUCAGUGUCCAUGUUCUUAUGUCUUUCAUUGUCUUUUAGUGACAGUGGCUUUCUAUACAUCUUCAUAUCGUGACAUUAACGUGUCAGUGUGUGUGUGUGUGUGUGUGUGUGUGUGUGUGUGUGUGCAUGAGGGCUAUGAGAAUAUCAGUGCCUACAUUCACUGUCUGUGCAGUGUGUGUCUGUCCGUGUUCACGUCAUUCCCCAUUCAAAAUGUCUCCAUUCAACUUCCGAAGCACAGAGGUGUGAAGAAAUAAUAACAAAGGACAAGAAAGACACAUACAAGAGAGAAAUCCUCUGACGCCACCACCACCACGGGCCUCAGUGGUGUGAGUAAUCCUGGCUGUAGGACACUGACAAGCUGUCGAUCAUGUGUGCCAGACCUUUGCCAUCUCUCUCUCUCUCUCCCAUUGCCAGACAGUCAUAGAGCAACUUUAAGAAUGGAAUAUAUCUUGAUACAUAACCUCUGACCGCUCCUUUGGCUUUCCUGAUGAAAAAGAUGUGUCCGUGGCAGGCAGAACGGAUAUUGCUUUUGGAGGUACCGUUUGUACCUUUACUUCACUGCUGCGUUAUGAACCAGAUUUCAACAGGAUCCAAGCAGGUUUACCUCAGUGACUCCAAUUCUGCUCCAACAGAGUCACAGAUGAUGCAAGAUUUUCUCCCUGCAGGGCAAUAUCACAGCAGUAAUAUAUUAAUUUGAAAAUUCAGGCAUUUCAUUGGUUCUGUUAUCUGAUUUAUGAGAAUAGGGCUGCCAAAAGCAUGGAAAUCUCCCCUAAUCCACCUUUGUACACCAUCAGACACUGUCCUUGAGAGACUCUAAAAAAUACAUGUGAAAGAAAUUUGACUGAAAUCAACCAUCAGAGGGAGUCAUUGCUUGGAUCAUUAUCCCAUUACUUCUGAGCUAUUAAAUAUCAGGUCUAUAGUGGAAUAUAUUUCAUCCUCUGGACAGGAGAAAAGACUACUGGAGACCACUGGGACUACUGUGUCCAUGUCUGUGACAGGAUUGUCUGCUGAGAUAAACUGUGAACAGUUAGUAGAAAUGCAGACAUAGAGAAUGGACUCCCCCCCUACAAUUUAACCUCAGGAGGUAAAGUGGGAUUACACCCUGCAAGGAAACACAUUUGGCAGCAGGGGACAGUGGAUAAUCACAGGCCAGGAUCCAAGAUAUUGAAAAACUACGCUAGAUUGCACACAUAACCUACAUGCUUGUUAUGUGUCUCUAUGCACAUCUCUGCAUAUUUAUGGUGUAUAUGGGCUAGAGCAUCACUGAAUUGUCUAAAUGCCUGCCAGGAUAUCAAAUGUACUCCCCUGGUUCAUCUGUCACUUCAGCUCUGGCUAUACACUGGUUCACAAAAGCACACCCAUAGUCGGUCAGUGGCCUCCGGGAGUUUUCUAACUGUUGAAUCGAUCCGGCUGCUCAUAUUCUUGGCGUCCUUCAACAACCUUGUGUCUCAUCGUUGACUGCAAAAAAAUGGAUCCUUCAGUGGUGAAUUAGGUUUCGAAUAAAAAGGGCUUGGGCAUUAUCAAAAGCUUGGAACUAAACUGUGUGUUUUAACAGUUAGCUUAAACACAUUUUCAGUUAGACCUUAAAUGACUUUAACAAGAGGGUAGUGCAAGGAUGGUGGGUUUAUUCUGUACUUUUUCUAUGCACAUCAAAACAGCACGUCAGCAGUGAGAUAAUCAAACCAAAACAACAACAUUAUCGCGUUAUCCAGGCAUCAAAGAUGCAUUUCUGGGAAUACUCAGUACUUUGAUUGGGGCUAAUAGAGUUCACAUUUCUGGCUGGAUGCUUGCUUAUUCCUCUCUCUGGAUCUGUUGGUUUUGUUUACAGUCACCGAAUUUUCUGACUCUUGUCUAUUGACCCUGCUUUGCUUAUGUAAUCAUUUUAUCUGCAAUACAGCUGCAUGUUUAGCAAACACUAUCAGCUUGUGUAAUAGAAUGCAACCUUAGCUGAUCAUUCUGAAUCCUGAUGUGUUUACAAUCUAUGCCAUCCAUUCAGUCUCUUACCAUUAGUGUGUAUUUGUUUGUUUGUGAAUACAAUAAUUCAGGGUAUAUUUUGCUCAGUUGCUGUGCUUUACCAAGCAAGAUAUUGGUUUAAAAAAAACAAAACCUUUACUCUUACAGAUUUUGACACUUGUCUUCCUUAAAUUGAUAUCAGUGGUAAUGAUGCAGGAGGGCAGGGGCGAAUGAGAUGGGAAUUCACUACUGUAGUUCCUGUGUAUUCACUGUCAAUGUCAAUCACACAGUAUGGCUGCCAUCCUGUGGUGGGUUUAUGUAACUACUUCGCAAAAUAAAUUGAAGUUGUUUCAGUGGC